GGCUCAGGUGUCACCUACGAGGGGAUGCUGCUGAUCGUCCAGCGGGGCUUGGAGAAGGUCACCUACUCCUCCCUCUGCCUCCCCGAUGACAUCCGGCACCGCGGCAUGGCCCACAUCCCCAACUACCACUACCGGGAUGAUGGGUUGCGCCUCUGGGAAGCCAUCGAGAGCUUCGUCUCUGGCAUUGUGGCUUUCUACUAUCGGGACGACGCGGCGGUGAGUGGGGACACCGAGCUGCAGGCUUGGGUGAUGGACAUCUUCACCAACGGCUUCUUGGGCAGGACCUCCUCAGGUAUCCCCUCCUCACUGCAGACGGUGGCGGAGCUCAGCAAGUUCCUCACCAUGGUGGUGUUCACCUGCUCAGCGCAGCACGCAGCCGUCAACAACGGGCAGUAUGACCUGGGCGCCUUCCUCCCCAACGCCCCGUCCUCCAUGCGCCACCCACCACCAGCGGUGAAGGGCAAGGCCUUCCUCCAACACUUCCUCAACACCGUUCCCGAGGUGGACACCACUGCCAACAUCGUGGUUGCCCUCAUCCUCCUCAGCUCCCGCCUCAAAGACGCGUUCACGGAGGUGGGACCCCGGCAGCUCAUCAGGACCUUCCAAGCGCGGCUGGAGGAGAUCCGGGACUGCAUCGAGGAGAGGAACUACAGGGCCAAGCUGAGAUACAACUACAUGAACCCCCUGGAGACCGAGAACAGCAUCUCCAUCUGA